CAAGGGAAGAGGGUUCAAGAGAGAAGCAGCAGAGAGGCAGACAGAGGGAAGGAGGCCAUGUCACUCCCUCUUCUCCCUGGGUACUCCUUCAACAGGAACAAAAGAAAAGAAAAGAAAAAAGAAAAAAGCACACACAACUCACUUUGAUUUGCUCCAUCUGGUUCUGAUGCUGCUAGGGAAAGAAAAAUUCCAUAAAUCACAACACUGGAGUUAUUGCAAUAAAAUUUCUAUGCUGGUGGGAGAAGACAAACCUGGAAUAGGAGGUGAACCUUUGCCUGGGCAGAAGCUGAAACCGAAGUACAGCGUUUUUCCAAGAGGUCUUGGGAGUGAUGCACCUUCAUGGGUAGCAUUUGACAAACAGGUAUUAUCUUUUGAUGCUUAUUUUGAUGAAGAAGUUCCUGACAAAAAUCAAGAACUGUACAGAAUAAGACAUUGUAAAAUAUACUUCUAUCUGGAAGAUGACACUAUUCAGGUGGUUGAACCCCAGGUGAAGAAUAGUGGAAUCCCACAAGGGACUAUUCUUCGGCGACAUCGGGUUCCGCUUCCACCUCCUAAUGAAGAUGAGUUCUACACAAUAGAUCAUUUCAAUCUUGACACAGAUAUCAUCUUUUAUGGUCGAAGAUAUAGGAUUACAGAUUGUGAUCAGUUCACCAAAAAUUUUUUGAGGAAGAUGGGAGUCAGAUUAAAACCUGCACAGACUCGUCCAGAUGAUCCCUAUACCAAAGAACGUCAGAAGUUGAUAGACAGUAUGACACCUUUGCGUCCAUAUGAGCGCUUUGACACGCUUCAGCAAUUUUUGGAGCAUGAUGGACAUGUUUUACGUUUUUACGGCAUUUGGGAUGACACGGAAUCUAUGUUUGGGGAUGUAAGAGAAGUGGUGCUACAUUAUUUUUUGUCUGAUGACACCAUUGAAAUAAAAGAAGUGAUACCAGUGAAUUCAGGUCGGGAUGCUGUACCCCUGUUCCUCAAUAGGCAGAAGCUACCAAAGUAUGCUCCAGUUGGACUGUACCAGCCUGGUGUAAUCACAGAUCGAACAGUCUUGAAUGUUUUUGGAGGACUAGUAGGAAAUAAAGGUCGUUACAUUCUGGACAAUCGUAAGACAGGAGCUGUGCAUCAGGAAUUUUAUAAAGACUCUGACCUGAGAAUAGGAUCAGCAAUCAAUGUUUGGGGAAGAAAGAUAGUUCUCUGUGACUGUGAUGAAUUUACGAAAGAAUAUUAUAGGACAAAGUAUGGAGUCCAGGACUUUACUCCAAUUCCAUACAAGGCACCACCACCUCCAAAAAUAGAAAGAAUAUUUCCAGUAUACACUGGAUUUGGCUCUGAAGAGGACUCUCUUUGCUCCUGCAUGGGCUUGCUUCCCAAACCUCCUCAAAAAGACUUCAAGAAAUUCAUGGAAAAAGACAGGCAAGGCCUCGAGAGUAAUAUACUGCGCUUUCUUGCACAAUUUAUUACUACUGAUCCCAUUGACAAGGAUCGGAAGUUUAUUAUUUCUUAUUUUCUGAGUGAUGACACCAUCUCAGUGUUUGAACCUCCUCAGAGAAACACAGGGGUAAUCGGUGGGAAAUUCCUGGAAAGAAGUCGUGUUAAAAAGCCUGGUCAGGAGCAGUAUAAGAGUGAACUGUCUGAAUACUACACAGCUGUGGAUCUGUAUGUCGGAGCCAAAGUGUGUUUCCAUGGCCACGUCUUUCUUCUGGUGGAUGCUGAUGAAUAUGCUUUCAACUACAUGGAAAAGCAUGCAAAUGAGUUUGCUAUGGCCAAUAUCAACAUAAUCUUGAACAAACUUAAAGUGAUAGGAGAACCUCGGUCAAGAGAGAUUAAACAGAUUUUUGCAGCUACUGAUCCUCAACACACAACCAUUAUUGAUUAUGAUGAAUUCAGAAACUUGAUGCUGAGUAUCUCAGAUGGAAAAUUAUCAGAACAUGAAAUUAUGACUGUUGGUCGGUAUUACAGUGCACGUGAUGAGAAUGAGAUGGAUGCCAAGUAUCUCUUAGCUGUGUCCCAGGAACAACUGAAGAAAAAUAACUUUGAGAAUUUUGCUCAGCUUUGUGCUAACUUGGCAUACAAUGACCGAGACAAAUGUGGACUGCUGGCCAGUGACAAGUGCAGGACUGUUUGUAAGUCUUUCAGGCUACCACUAGCAGAUGAUCUUCUACGAGCACUACUGGCUUCGUGUGAAGAUUGCAAAGAUCAAGUAAAUUAUAAGAAAUUGGUUGAUGGGCUCAACUGGAGAGAGCAUCCAAUUCCAGUCUUUCAAACCAUUUUGAUUCCUCUACAGUAUGAAGAUGAAUGGAGUGGGCAGCCACCAACACUUCCAGUGAAAAAAGUCAAGUAUUUACUACUAAUAGAGGAUGUAUUUGGCAUCGAAGAUUAACUAUUCCACACAUCUGACCUCAUUUGGAUAAAUGUUUCAACUUUCUUUGGAAAGCUACUGUACAUUUUUAUUUAAACAAAAUAAAGAAUUAGAGUUGUAGAUUUUUUGGGGGAAUGUAAGUUUUAUUUUAUAUUUUCUUGUAGACAUAUAAUUCAUAUACUUUUAAAAUAUUUUGCACUUCAGUAGA